AUGUCUGACGCCGACUUUGAACAAGUCAGGCGCCUGCAGGCCGAGCGUAAUGCUGCUGCGGCCGCCAAAAAAGGUUCAAAGACUUUUGAUCCGUCCAGUCAGCGAACUGACAAUUCGACCAAGGCCUCUAUGACUGAAUCCUUUGACACGGAUCUGUACGAACGCAAUGGCGCCGAUAAGUAUGCGGGAUACAACACCUCGAUCGCGAUAGAUGGCGACGAGGACAUGGAGGAUGCAGACUCGGGCCAUCGCCUGGUUGGUCAAUACACUGCCAGCAAGGAUUUGAUCAACGAAAUGGCCAGCGGAAAUGGCGUUGAGGAGGAGGACAUUCUUCUCGGUCGUGAGAAAUCUGCCAGGAUUGCGGAUCGUGAAACUGAUUACCAGAAGCGCCGAUUCAACCGUGGUCCUCUUACGCCGACUCGAGCCGACCCCUUUGCGGCGAAUACACAUGCCAAUGUCGAGCCUGAGGGCCAGACCUAUCGAGACGUCAUGGCUCUCCGUGAGAUAGAGAAAGAAGAAGAGCGCAUCGAAAAACUCAUUUCUGAUAAACAAGCUGAAACUGGCGACGUUGAGUAUCAGGCAACAUUGAAGGAUGACGCUGACAAGGAAAACGUCGAAGCCGGUUCUACCGUUACUGUCGCCGCUGGACGCAAACGAAAACAGCGAUGGGACGUAGCCUCCGCUGACGAAACCACGGCAGUCGAGCAGGACGAACCUUCGUCAAAAGCCAAGAGAUCGAGAUGGGACCAGACACCUGCGGUACCAGCACCAGGCGAACAGGCUGCCAAACGUCGUUCCCGGUGGGAUCAAGCACCUAGUGCACCAGGAAUCGGCGCCACCCCCGUUGGCCAGCCCGGCCUUGCAACUCCCGCCCAUCCCUCGGCCCCGGGCUUUGGAACCGAUGUUUCGGGGCGGGGUGGUAUUUGGUCGGAUGAAGAACUGGACAUGAUGCUUCCUUCUGAAGGCUACCAGAUUCUUGAUCCUCCUCCUGGUUACGAGCCUGUUAGAAAUCCCGCCAGAAAGCUCAUGAGCACACCGGCACCAGUAGCCAGCACAGGCGGGUAUGGCGGCUUUAUGAUGCAGGAGCCAGAGAGUGCUCGCACACUCGGAAAACAACUGCCCACCGAAAUCCCCGGAGUCGGCGAUCUCCAAUUUUUUAAAGCAGAGGACAUGGCAUACUUUGGAAAAUUGGUUGAUGGAGCUGACGAGAAUGCUUUGUCUGUGGAGGAUUUGAAAGAGAGAAAAAUCAUGAGACUGCUUUUGAAAGUCAAGAACGGAACGCCACCUAUGCGUAAGACUGCUCUUCGUCAGCUAACUGAUAACGCGCGACAAUUCGGAGCCGGUGCCCUUUUCAAUCAAAUCCUCCCUCUACUAAUGGAAAAAUCGCUUGAGGACCAGGAACGCCACUUGUUGGUCAAAGUCAUCGACCGUGUACUUUACAAAUUGGACGACUUAGUUCGUCCAUAUACGCACAAGAUUCUCGUUGUUAUCGAGCCACUGCUUAUUGACCAAGACUACUAUGCCCGGGUUGAAGGUCGAGAAAUCAUCUCCAACUUGUCCAAGGCUGCUGGUCUCGCGCACAUGAUCAGUACCAUGCGCCCUGAUAUUGACCAUGUUGAUGAGUACGUGAGGAAUACGACUGCUCGAGCAUUUGCCGUAGUGGCAUCUGCUCUGGGAAUACCCGCCCUCCUUCCUUUCCUUCGCGCAGUUUGUCGCAGCAAGAAGUCAUGGCAAGCUCGCCACACCGGUGUCAAGAUUGUGCAGCAAAUUCCAAUUUUGAUGGGCUGCGCUAUUCUUCCGCACCUGAAGGGAUUGGUAGACUGUAUAGCAGACAACCUCAGUGAUGAACAGGCCAAGGUCAGGACUGUUACCAGUUUGGCCAUUGCCGCAUUGGCCGAAGCUGCCAAUCCGUACGGUAUUGAAAGCUUUGACGAUAUUCUUAAUCCUCUGUGGACGGGCGCCCGAAAGCAGCGUGGAAAAGGUCUUGCUGGAUUUCUCAAGGCUGUUGGGUUUAUUAUUCCUCUGAUGGACGAAGAAUAUGCCAAUUACUACACCAGUCAAAUUAUGGAGAUCCUUCUCCGUGAAUUUUCCUCUCCCGACGAGGAAAUGAAAAAAGUUGUAUUGAAAGUGGUCUCUCAGUGUUCCCAAACGGAUGGUGUCACUGCUCAAUAUUUGAAAGAAAACGUACUCCAAGACUUUUUCAAAAACUUCUGGGUCAGGCGCAUGGCACUGGACAAGCGAAACUACCGGCAAGUUGUUGAAACGACAGUCGAUCUUGGACAAAAAGUCGGUGUUGGAGAGAUUUUGGAGCGCAUCGUGACGAAUCUGAAAGACGAGAGUGAAGCGUAUCGCAAGAUGACGGUGGAGACGGUGGAGAAGUUGAUUGCGUCUCUGGGGGCAGCAGAUAUUUCUGAACGGCUAGAAGAGCGACUGAUCGACGGUGUGCUACUUGCUUUCCAAGAGCAAAGUAUUGAGGACAUUGUCAUUUUGAAUGGAUUCGGCACAGUUGUGAAUGCACUUGGAACGCGAUGCAAGCCUUACCUGCCCCAAAUUGUCAGCACUAUUCUUUGGCGGCUGAAUCACAAAUCAGCCACGGUCCGGCAACAGGCUGCCGACCUGGUUUCACGUAUCACGAUGGUUAUGAAGCAAUGCGGAGAAGAUGCAUUGAUGGGUAAACUGAGUGUGUUAUUGUAUGAAUAUCUUGGUGAGGAAUAUCCCGAAGUGCUUGGUUCUAUCCUGGGCGCAUUGCGGUCGAUCGUCACGGUGGUGGGUAUCAGCCAGAUGCAACCGCCGAUUCGCGAUCUUCUCCCGCGACUCACGCCUAUUCUUCGCAAUCGACAUGAAAAGGUGCAAGAAAACACGAUUGAUUUGGUGGGACGUAUUGCUGACCGUGGCCCCGAGUCGGUUAAUGCUCGGGAAUGGAUGCGGAUUUGCUUUGAGCUUCUGGAUAUGUUGAAGGCACACAAGAAGGGUAUUCGGCGGGCGGCCAACAACACGUUUGGAUUUAUUGCCAAGGCCAUUGGUCCUCAGGACGUGCUUGCCACAUUGCUCAACAACUUGCGAGUGCAAGAACGUCAAUCGCGCGUGUGUACUGCCGUGGCUAUCGGUAUUGUUGCCGAGACCUGUGCUCCAUUCACGGUGCUUCCGGCGCUGAUGAACGAAUACCGAGUGCCGGAACUCAAUGUCCAAAACGGUGUCCUCAAGGCAAUGUCGUUUCUUUUCGAAUAUAUUGGUGAGAUGGCCAAGGACUACGUGUACGCAGUUACGCCUCUGCUAGAGGAUGCUCUGAUCGACCGAGACCAAGUGCACCGUCAAACGGCGGCUAGUGUGGUCAAGCAUAUCGCACUCGGCGUUGUUGGACUGGGAUGCGAAGACGCAAUGGUCCACCUGCUCAACCUGCUGUACCCCAACAUCUUCGAGACGAGCCCGCACGUGAUUGACCGGAUCAUCGAAGCCAUCGACGCGAUCCGCAUGGCCGUGGGCACUGGGGUUGUGAUGAACUACGUGUGGGCGGGACUGUUCCACCCCGCGCGCAAGGUACGGGGGCCGUACUGGAGACUGUAUAACGACGCAUAUGUGCAGAGCGCAGAUGCGAUGAUUCCUUAUUACCCGGACUUGGACAACGAUGGGCUGUCGCGGCCUGAACUGGCUAUUGUCUUGUAG